UGAGGAUAAGUUCCAUGUGACGUACACAAGAAGGAAAUCUUGAACAAACAUACUGAAGGGCCAUCACACUCUGGCUUCACUUAUUCCACUGUGUAAUCUGCACAGGCUACAUAAAAGGAAGAUAUGUAGAUGUUUCAUUACUAGUAUACCUGGGUGCAAUUCUGGUGUUUGUCACAGAAUUACUGUCUUAUAAAAAGGCUGCAAAAGUCACUUGUUAAAAAACACAAAAACCAAUUUAUAAUGUUCAGUUUUUUUAGAAAAAAAGCAGAAAUACUGAAUUUUAGUUCGUUGAAACUUUAAGAUCUGUCAGUGAAUUUGUUUCCAUUUGGACUGGCAUGGGUUCAUUUAUGCACAUUUACUCCAGUAACAGGGCAAGCUUAUGAAAAUCUGGUGGCAGAAAUCAUGUCAAUGGGCUACGAACGGGAGCAGGUUCUUGCAGCUCUGCGGGCAAGCUAUAAUAACCCUGACAGAGCUGUGGAAUAUCUUCUGACGGGAAUCCCGGCAGAGCCGGAAGUUCCAGAGGAACCACAACCUCGAGUCACAACACAACCACCAUCACAGCCAGCAUCGCAAUCUACACCAAGCAGUAACCCACUGGAAUUUCUACGAACCCAACCCCAGUUUCAGCAGAUGCGUCAGAUAAUACAGCAGAACCCGGCACUACUGCCAGCCCUUCUCCAGCAGCUUGGGAGAGACAACCCAACGCUUUUACAACAAAUAACUCAGCAUCAGGAGCAGUUUGUUCAGAUGUUGAAUGACCCUUUGGGAGAGGCUGGAAGUGAAGGGGCAGAGGGUCAUGGGUCACCACACACUAACUACAUCCAGGUUACACCCCAGGAGAAGGAAGCAAUAGAAAGGGAAUGA